AGAUGAAAGACGAGAAGAGAAGAAAGAGAGAGCAAGGAUGCAGAUCUUUGUGAAGACGCUGACGGGGAAGACGAUCACGCUCGAGGUCGAGAGCAGUGACACCAUUGACAACGUUAAGGCUAAGAUCCAGGACAAGGAGGGCAUCCCCCCAGACCAGCAAAGAUUGAUAUUUGCUGGGAAACAGCUGGAGGAUGGGCGCACCCUUGCUGAUUACAACAUUCAAAAGGAAUCAACCCUUCACCUUGUUUUGAGGCUUAGAGGUGGAACAAUGAUCAAGGUGAAGACACUUACUGGAAAGGAAAUUGAGAUCGACAUCGAACCCACUGAUUCUAUUGAGAGGAUCAAAGAACGUGUCGAGGAGAAAGAAGGGAUUCCACCUGUGCAGCAAAGGCUAAUUUAUGCAGGAAAGCAGCUUGCUGAUGACAAGACUGCAAAGGAGUACAACAUUGAAGGUGGUUCUGUUCUCCAUCUUGUGCUUGCUUUGAGGGGUGGUUACUAAUAAAAAUUAAAAACACUUUGCCUGAUAUAUAUAUAUACAUAAAUGCCUGAGAAUUCCUCAAUUGCUCUAUCUGCUCUAUAAUGUGUUUCAGUCUCUCUUGUUCUUCAAGAAGUUUGUCAUUAUUUCAGUGGGACAUGUUUUAGCUUUUGGAUUUGUGUUGAAAAGACGGGAAUUGUUACUCUGAAUUUUUGUUGACUGGAUAUGCACAAUCUGUUUCCUUUUUCUUUU